GACGUUACUUCCGCUUCCUGGCUUGCGCGGCCAUUUCUGCUCCUCCGUGCAGCAUUCCGGCGGAGGCGAGCGCUUCUGCUCAGGCUUUGGCCGCGUUGCUCCAGGAGUGACGAGACCGCGGAACCGCAGCCAUGACGGAGGCCGAUGUAAAUCCGAAAGCCUACCCCCUCGCAGAUGCCCACCUCACCAAGAAGCUAUUAGACCUCGUUCAGCAGUCCUGUAACUACAAGCAGCUUCGUAAAGGAGCCAAUGAGGCCACCAAAACCCUCAACAGAGGCAUCUCCGAGUUCAUCGUGAUGGCUGCAGACGCCGAGCCGCUGGAGAUCAUCCUGCACCUCCCGCUGCUGUGUGAAGACAAGAACGUGCCCUAUGUGUUUGUGCGCUCCAAGCAGGCCCUGGGGCGGGCCUGUGGCGUGUCCAGGCCUGUCAUCGCCUGCUCCGUCACCAUCAAGGAGGGCUCACAGCUGAAGCAGCAGAUCCAGUCCAUUCAGCAGUCCAUCGAGAGGCUCCUGGUCUAAGCCCACUGCCUCUGCCGCUCUCCCCACUGACUCCUCCCCAGGGCUGUGUGUCAUAGGUUGUGUUAGCUUGUAGUGUUUUCAGCUACUUGAUAAUUGUUAGAUUUUGUAGUCCUGGAUGGUUUCUGGAUUUUUGUAUUUGUUUUGUUUUAUAGGCUUUUUUUUUUCCCCCUUCUCUCGUCUGCCAUUUUAUACCCCCUUUUGACAAUGAACUAGUACCCAGUGGAGGAAGCAGCAGUGUGGCAGCCAUGUUCAAAGCAGGGAAGGGCCAGGAGAAACCUGAUGGAGUCAAGGCAGAGCUGUGCUUCCAGUUUCCGUCUGCUAACUUCCGGUUACCUCCUGUGUGCAGGCUGACAACAGGCGUGACCGAAGUAGACACUGUCCACUUUGCAUCCCUUGUUCCUGGCACACAGAACCAUUCCUUACGUGUUAAGUGAUCAGGGGCUUUCCUUUGCCCUAGGGGAGUGUGGGUCAUUUGGGGAGGAAGCUUAUGUUUGGUGAGGUUGUUAGGCUCAUUUCCAAGCGUCAGUUACUAGUGCACCCCUGCUGUUGGCUUUGGUGAUGUGAUACUGAGUUCACCCCCGGAGGAUGGCAGGGCAGCAGCAAACCAGAGGGAGGUGCUACAGGGUUCAGAGGCAGCCGGUCGAGGGAGCCGUGGGACAGCUGACCUAGGCCCUGAAGGAGUCAAGAGCAGCCAGGGAAGAGGGUCAGCUGGUGCUGGAAUGAAGGAUUUGGGGAGUGGCUGGGGCCUGCAGCAGAGAUGAUGGAAUCCAAGGAAACUUCCUGUCUUUGGCAACUGAGGAUUUCUUCAGUGGACACUUGGUGCCAGCUCUGAGGGCCCUCACCCCUGCUUCCUGCCACAGUGGGGGUCAGAUAUAGCCUCUCACAUGAGAGGGACAGUGCUAAUGUGUCAUUCAUUUCUUGUGAACAUUCUAAUAAAGAAAUACAUUCAUAUUCCGGUUUAAAGAA